GACAUUCGAUGUAAAAACUAAACUUCUCAAAAUCCAUCAGCACUUAACAAAGAAAUCUCAAAUUCAUAAUCAUAAAGUCUUUUUGGUCAUGCUCAUGGCAACAUACAAGCAGCCCCUGGCUCUCCCUCCUGCUCUUGGCUCUCACAAUCAAUUUUCCAGCUGCAGCUCGGCUCGAGUUCUUGAUGAGGAGGAACCGCUGGUUCCCACCACCGCACCGUGUGAGCCUGACUCAGUUGUAACAUCAAUUACCGGAACCACUCCAGCUGCUGGCGCAGCCGCUACUGGGGCAGUAGGCACGGAAGACCUCCAUCAUCCCUUGGUUUUCUACAUGCAUGACAUUCUCGGUGGAUCAAACCCCACAGCCAGAGCUGUUACAGGAAUCGUUAUGAACCCAGCAAUCAACGGUCAAGUACCCUUCGACAAACCUAACGGCCCAAACCUCCCCGUCAACAAUGGCAUCUCCAUCAACAGCAACAACAACGGCGUCCUGAACAACAACAAUGUCCCCUUUCUCACCGGCCUCGGUGGAAAUUCAGCCAAUGUGAUCCAAAGCAAUGGAAACAACCAAAUUAAUGGAUUAGGUGUUCCGGUCCUGAGCGGUGGGCACGAGCUUGGGUCUGGUUUGGUGGGUAAAGCUCAGGGGUUCUAUGUGGCUAGUUCUGUAGAAAGCACCAGCCAGACCAUGGCUUUUACAGCAAUGUUUGAGAGCGGGGGGUAUGUGGAUAGCCUGAGUUUCUUUGGGGUGCACCGGACGGCGGCGUCAGAGUCCCAAUUGGCAAUCAUGGGUGGCACCGGAAAGCAUGUGAAUGCUAAAGGGUAUGCAACUAUCAAAACUUUUCCUGGGGUCAACCAGCACGAAACCGAUGGCGUUGAGACUCUGCUUCAGUUUACUUUAUAUUUAGCUUACCGAUUUUCUUUGACUGUUACUCUGUUUCAAAGAUUGCUGAAAAAUAAUGUAUUGGGAUUACGGGUUCUAUGAGUGCUAAAGAAAAAAAAUUUGUGCUU